AAGAUACUUCAUCGUGACAUCAGCGGCGGCAACAUCCUCAUCCUUCCUUGCCUCCACGAAGAACCCGGUGGUAGUUAUAUCGAAUGGUCCGGUCUUCUCACCGAUUGGGAGAUGUCUAAACCGCUGCCAGACGGCGUGGCGGGCGAGGCAAGUCAACCUGAGCGCACAGGCACCUGGCAAUUUCUGUCUGUAGCAAUACUGUCCCGCCUGAAAGAGGUCGAGAUUUGCGACGAGCUGGAGUCAUUCUUCUACGUCAUACUCUACUAUGCGGUGCGCUACCUUCGAUCAAACAUCGGCGACGGGGUGAUCGGAACCUGGAUCCACACCUUCUUUGAU